UUGCUAUCCCAUAGGGCAAACAUCGGUAACGUUACUGGAACCAGCUACACAGUCAAGAAUCUUCCAGAAGGUGCAGACUUCGAAUUUCGUGUAGUGCCAGUAAACGCAUCUGGCCAGGGGGAACCAAGUGAACCUACUGAUAUGACAAAGGUUAAAAAGCCACAGGUCGCCCCGAAGAUUGGCUAUGAUGCUCCACGCGAAGUAAUCGCUACCUACAACGAACCGUUUAAGAUUCGCGUGCCUUAUACAGGUGGAAAACUUGAUGAAGUCCUACUUUCUAAGAAUGGAAUUCCAGUCAACUUAAAUGAUCCAAAUAUUACGGUGACAAUCACACCAGACGAGGCUGUGAUCGCCUUCAAAAAGGCCUCCAAGACAGAUCAAGGCCCUUACGGUGUUAUCCUAAAGAACUCAAAGGGUCAGGACAAAGUACCUGUCAAUGUUCAUGUGAUGGCACCUCCUGGACCCCCAGAAGGACCACUGGAGGUCAGAAACAUUCACGCAGAGUCCUGCAGCCUUUAUUGGAAACCUCCAGAUGAUACAGGAGGCAGCCCAGUUACCAGCUAUAUCAUUGAUAAGAUGGACACCCGUACAGGUGAAUGGACCCCAGUAACAAAGUUUGCACGUGGACCUCCUUACGAGGUGGUUGGUUUGGAUGAAGGAGUGCAGUAUAAGUUUCGAGUCCGGGCUGGAAACGAGUAUGGCGCUGGAGAACCUCUCGAGACUCAGAUGGCAAUAUUAGCCGCAGAUCCCAGCAGUAAGUAA